AAAGGCUGUGUAGGCCUUUGUGUAGAGAACAUGGAACGAGGGCAAGACCUUUCACCACUUGAAAUCGUGGAGAUGUUUGUGACAGUGUUUUGCUUCCUCAAGGAUUCUUCUGAAGUCUCCCAAACCCUUCUUGAUGACUUCAGGUCUUCUCAGGGUUAUGCAUUUCUUGCAGAAUUUCUCCUUAGAUUGGAGGCUGACACUUCGGAUGAGAGCCGUGAAGCUUUAAGAAAUCUUGUCUUAUUAGUCUCAUCGUUAUCUUAUUGUGGCUAUAUAGAACUAAAACCAUCUUCUGCAUCUGUUGGGUCCCUCUUUCAUAUACCAGGCUUCACAUUACCAGUCCCAUCUGGUAGAGGUGCUAGUGUGAGGAAUGUGCAAGCAUUCAAUGUGCUUCAGUCAGUCUUCCUGAGAGGUACAACUUCUAACCUCUGCUCUGUGGUUCUGGAUGCCAUAUCAGCUGUGUACCACUCAGAUGCAGCCAACUACUUCAUCCUUGAACCCCAGCACACACACUCUGCUUUUGCUGAGAAGAUCCAUUCCAAGCCGAAGGAGAUACAAGAAAAGUACUUCCAACUGCUCGAGUUUGUUGUGUUCCAGCUGAAGUUUGUACCUUGCAAAGAACUCAUCUCCCUGUCAAUCCUGCUGAAGGCUCAGCAUACUCUCUCCUGCUCCAUCAUAUGCAUCAACACACUACUCACUAUUCUCAAGCACAAUGGUGUUUUCAAGGAUGUGUACCGUGAAGUGGGUAUGCUGGAAGUAUUUGUGACUUGUCUCACAAGGUAUCAUGAACUCCUCAAGGCACAGACCACUGAAGAAUCUCAAAGUAAAGGUGAAGACAGUGACUUGGAGGAGAAAUUGGGUUUCCUUGUCAUGGAGGCUUUGACACUGCUCCUCUCAGGAAACAGUCAAAAUGCUGCAGUCUUCAGGGAGUCUGGAGGAGCAAAGUGUGCUGUUGCUCUUGUUCCUUACCUAGAAUGUCGCCUUCAAGCAUUAGGAGUAAUGCAGCAAUUAAUCUUGGCUAGUGGUAGUGAUGAUGAUAUGGGAUCUUUACUGGGUCUUCUGCAUUCAGCUCCUCCAACAGAAUUACAGCUAAAGAUUGAUAUCCUCAAGUCCCUCCUUGUGUGCUUAAAAGAAUCUCAUCGAACAAGAACAGUAUUUCGCAAGGUUGGAGGCUUUGUGUAUGUGAUGAGUGCUCUUGUGAGUUUAGAAGGGAGUUUAGGGGAUGUGUUACCACCUGCUUGGAGCACUGUGCCUUCUCGACAAAUUCUUACCCUCCUGCUCAAUGUUUUUAAUACACUUACUACAGCCAUGAGAUAUGAACCAGCUAAUGCCAAAUUCUUUCAUCAAGAGAUCUGCUAUACCAGCUUUUGUGAUACUUUACGUCUCCUAGGGUGUUUCAUGACAGAAACUCAUAUUCAGGAGCCUACUGAGGAAGUACUAGAUCUCUUACUUAGUUCUAGCACCACUGAAGAGGCAGAUCUAGACACACCAUGCCCUUCAGCAGUUGGAGUGGACUUGAACACUUAUCAUCUCAUAUUUACCACACCAAUUUUGGAAUAUAUACCACCACCUGAGAUUCCUGUGUCACUUGUGCGUGUAGUGCAGAUCUUACAGUUAAUGUAUCACAUGGCUCUUGAUGCAUUUGACAAAGCUAUGGGUCCAACUUUCAGUCCUCCUGAUAUUGGGAUGUCGGGGAAAGAGAACAAGGUGAUGGACAUUUCGCCAAGCAACAAACGACCAGUGGGAGGCCUCAAUUUAGGUCCUACUCCAACAGAGCCAGUGAUUGUCCAUGCUGGAGUGAUAACUACCUUGCUUCACCUCUUGCCUUCCAUACAGCACCCCUCACACCCUAAGCUGGCAUGCCUUCUUCAGCUUUAUACAGCUCAUCUCAUCAAGUCUUUGGUAAGAAGUGAGCAUAACCAGCAACUGAUGUGUGAAGUUGGCUUGGCUGGAGACCUUCUGUCCAGAUGCUCCCAGGCACUGGUCAAUGAGAAACACCCACUACAUCCACCACUGCAAUAUAUUUUUGAGAGACUUGCUGCUCAGGCCAUUCAUCCGAGAGAUCUCAGAAUCUUCCUGAGAUUAGGCAGUCCUUUAAAUUGCUUAAAUUUGGAUGAUGUGGAUGUAUCUUCUGGACAGUCCACCUACAAUGGCCCUGUUCCUCUCACUCGUAUCAAGACACUUGUUUCUAUGACAACCCCUCGAGAUUUCAGAGUUGGCACACUUGUCUAUCCCUCUUUUGUUGAGUUUGAUAUGAGUGCUGAGGGUUUUGGAUGCUUGUUUUUACCCUCUAUGGCACCUCAGAGUGUUGGUGGUGGCUCAGUGGUCGGAGCAGCUCUCUCCUCUACUGAACCCAAUGUUAUUGGUGGCAUUGGAACAGGGGACAGAAUUUUUCCACCACAGACUGGCUUAACAUACAGUACAUGGGUAUGUGUUGAAAAGUACAGUGAUCCCAGAACAGAUCCUCACUGUGUACGUGUAUUAACUUUAAUUCGACAUGUUCCUGGCCGGGAUCAUCACCUUGUCUGCCUCUCUAUUGUUAUUUCUGCGAGAGAUAAAGCACUUAUUGUGUCUACUCAUGAAACAAAUUUUCCUCAACCAGGGCAAGGUGUAACAGAAUGGGAACCUGAAGUUGUAGGAGACUUUGGAUGUCGUGUUUGGUGUCCUGAUUUGUUAACCGAGGGUCAGUGGCAUCACUUGACUGUCUCACUCAGUCGUUCUGUUCUGAAAAAUUCAUCCCUUUCAAUCUACAUUGAUGGCCAGCUUGUGACUCAAAAGAAACUACACUAUAUCCUGCAAAAUCCUGGUGGAGGAGCUGCCAAUCUUACCAUUGCAUCAUCUGUCUAUGCCUACAUUGGCACUCCUCCAGCAUACAGAAGACACUCUAAGCUGGUGUGGAAGCAAGGGUGUUGCCACCUGGUUGAGGAUGUGCUACAGCCACAGAUGGUAAAUCAACUGCACCAGCUUGGGCCACACUAUACAGGUUGCCUACAGGCAGCACAAAUUCCUGGUAUUGAUAGCCAGAGUGUACAGUUUGUUGCUGUUGUUCCUGAAGAAAAAGUUAUAUUUGGUUUGAAUGCUACAGCCAUAUCUCAUCUCACAUUGAAUAAGAUCAGAAAAAUGUACUCCAAGGUAGACAACAAAGCAAUAGCAAAACAAUGGGCCUUCUUCUCGAUCCCUGGGUGGAUGGGUAAUUGGCUAUCUUGGAGAGAGUGUUCUGGACCCCAGGCCUGUGCUGCAGAAUGCUUGAUAAUGUUGGUGGAAUGCUCUGUCUUACUUGGUUUGGUUGCAAUGUCAAAAGAUGUGGAGUCCCUUUAUGCAUCUGUGAAAGCUCUCUCCUGUGUCAUCAAAACAAGUAAAACAGCCCAGCUGGAGAUGAAUCAGAGUCUAGGAUACCAGACAUUGGCCUUGUUGUUACGCAAGAAGAAGUCCCUCUUGAAUUCCCACAUUCUUCAUUUGUGUAUGACACUAGCAGGAUCUGGUGAAGCUCGAGAGUCCUCCGCUAUACCAAACACACCUGCUUUCAGUGACUUGCUAUGUGACCUGGAGGUGUGGUCUGAUGCUCCUGGGGAGUUGUGCCGCACUCUGCUGGAACACUUAGUUGAGCUGGCACGUGAGUCCGGGGAAAGGCAUCAUAAUGUUCGUAAGAUGAGGUCUUUACGUUUGGUACAAAAGCUGUUACAUCUAUUAUGGGAGCAGUCACAAGGCAAAGAAAUUAGCUCAUCCUCGCCCUCGAACAGUUCGUCUUCCAGUAACUCAUCCUGCAAUAACAAUGCUGCCACAGCUGCUGCCCUUGCUGCCACCAACAACAUCUCAUCAUUAAGUUCUCAAACCACCAAUGUAAUUUUUACACUUCUUACAACAUUAUUGGCAAAUAAUCCUCGCCCACAAGACCUGUUAUGUUUUGGGCAGUUCAUUGUGUCAACAUUGCCAAUCCUCAGCAUUCUUGAAAAAAACAUUGACUUGAAACCUUAUGAGGAGGAGAGAAAUGUAGACAGUGUGGAGUGUUGCAGUGUGUCAGUAAGGAACAUUCUUCUCAGGAACAAGUGUUUACACAUCAUCCAUACUCUGCUCUAUAAUUCAAACAAGAACACUAUACAUCUUGGGUUUUGUGAAGAGGUUGUUAAGGUUUUGGGCCUAGACUGGGUACUGCUUUUCACCCAGGGCCAUCUUCAUCCCUCCACUGUUUUGAUUGCUCUACGUAUGCUUGUGGCUCUCCUGUCGAACACAGGGAUUUUGCAAAAGUUUCGUGAUGCUUCUCAUAAUGGAGGAUGGAUGACUGAUGCCCAACAAGUUACCAAUGCUAAGUUUGGCCAAGUCCUUGGAUACUCUGUAGGAACUGUUGUGCGUUCAUUGAGUGAAAUUCGUGAGGAAGCUUGGCAUGUGCCAGGAUUUCAAGUUCUUACAUGGCUAGUCCCACGGCAUAUUCACAUCCCACAGGUGUAUUACCUCCUCCUGGCCUUACUUCUUGGACAGCCUGUCAAGAAUGUUCAAAACAACACUAAGAAUGGUGCCACUCCCAGGACGACAGGUACCAAUGGAGCUGAUAAGCUGGAUCUUGAUAGCAUUUGGACGUUUGUUUUUGGUGUGCCAGCCAGCCAGUGUGCAACAACAAUAUCUGGCCGUGUCUCUCUGUGCCCUGAAGCAGCCAUUGGUAUUCUAGCCAUGGUGCGUGCCAUGCUCAACCAAGAGGAAAAAGGAGAAUAUAUCAACGCUUCCUCUCCAAAGAACACAAAAGAAUUGCCCGAGUGGCUACAGAGCUACCCAGUCACCCUGAUACAGUUUCUGCGGUUCCUCUACCAACAAAAUGGAGAUUUCCUACCAGUCUUUCUCUCUGGGGAUGUGUUGGCAGCUCUUGCUUCAACCCUCUUUCCUUACACCGGUACUUCAGAGCCUCAGAGUCUUACCUCACCUGAAGAUGAAAAGUUCAUGACUGGUGGAGACGUGGUAAUAGUUAAAUGUGAGGCUGACGGGACUCUGACCAACCACCCAGCGAAGAAGCAAGUCAUGGACUUCUUAAAAAAUCUUGUGGUGGAUGCCCUCUCUCUCCCUCCGGCCAGUAAGGGACCUCACACCAUUGACUUGUUGCUGGAGGCUACUCCAGAAAACAGUAGUGUUUCUCAGGUAUGUGAAUUCCAAACCCAACUUCUUGGAACACUCAUGGAGCACCUGCUAGAUGCUGAUAUUCUCAUUGGUGAAGGUGCUGCUCUGCCUGUGGUGGCUGGGGGCUCUCUCCAACACAUAGCCCCAAAUGUAUUUUAUUUGGCAGCCAGAAUUGUUGACAAACUUUGGGCAGGUGUAUUUAACAAAGACCCUCAUGAGGUGUUUGACUUCAUUAUCAAACUCAUCUCUCAAGCCAAACGUCGUGCAUCAGGGAUUAAUUGGAAUCCAUUUACCAUUGCCUGAAAACGUCCCAUCUUGUACCUCUUGUCUCGUCCUGCUGACUCCAUUGCUGCACAGAUGUCUAUACUUGAAGGCUUGCCAAACUUACCCCAACACAGAAUUGUUGUGUUUGGUGCUGGAAACCAUGAACCUGAGUUUGUUGCCUGUCUCACCUACUGCUUGCUGCAGCUCACAGCUGAUAUUAAGAUCAACACUGAUACAACAAAUCGAUCUGUGUGGCAUGUAAACCCCAUAUUAGAGGGUGACUUUGUAGAAGCCACUGCUACUCAGAGCCGCAACCUGAUGACAACAGCAGCAACUAGGGUCUGGGAAGAACUAUAUAUCACCAAAAAACCAGCAAUUGAGGAGGUUUUCAAGGUGUCACUUAGUGCAGGUAGUGGUAAAGCUCCUGAGUUAUCUACUGUAAGAGAUCUGGUUAAUGAGGCAUCACACAGACUGUGGCUAGCAUUCCUUGAGGGCGAGAAGAAGCAGUCGUAUCGCCUUCCAUGGGAGAUUCCAACACAGAUCCAGAGUGUCACAAAUAAACUUCAAAAAGUGACUGGAGGGUUAACACGACUUGCUUCACGCACUAAAGGUCGUCGAGAGGACAGCAUUGUUGUACGUAAGGUUAAUAUGCCAAUGUCAGACAUCCAGAUGGCAACAUUCACUCAUAUAUCCAUCAUCGGAGACCUUGUAGACCUACAAUAUAGACAGUUCCUACAGAAACAGAAACACAUGGCAAGCUAUGUUUGGGAGUCAUGGCAACGUUGUGAGAGGGAGCUAACUCGAGAACGAGGACUCUGGGGUCCUCUGAAGGGCUCUCAUCUUGACAAGUGGAUUUUGGAUGCCACUGAAGGUCCAUGUCGAAUGAGAAAGAAAAUGGUUCAGAAUAGACAUUUCUAUAAACAUUAUCCUUAUAAACAACAACCUGAAAAUGCUGACAAUAGACAAUUGAAAUACAAAGUGGCUACAAGCUUUGAUAGCAAGGAGCAUGCAGAGCGGCGAAGACCAGAAGGGUUAUCCGAUUCUGAGGUGAGAGAGAAGGAGCCCGUUAUUGAGGAGGAAGUAACAACUGUGCAGGCAGACAACUUUGUUGGCAGAGAAGUGGGCGAUAUUGUAGAUAUGCAUGGAUUGCAAGGAGCUUUAGUGAAGACGGGAGGCCUUAACAACCGCACAGCCUCAGAAACAGAGGAUGACACUGAAGGACUGGAUAUUGGUGACAUGGUCGGGCAAGACACCAGUGCUCCUACAGAUGACACCCAGAACCCUGAUAAUCAGACACUGCUUAGAUUAUUAGACUAUGGAGAAAAGAUUAGCCACAUGUUCCGGUGUGCAAGAAUACAAGGCUUAGAUACCAUUGAAGGCUUGCUGCUGUUUGGUAGGGAGCAUUUCUACAUUGUUGAUGGCUUUACGUUACUCAAAUCUCGAGAGAUCCGAGAUAUUGCGUCUCUACCUGAAGGGUCUCAUGAGCCCAUUGUACCUUCAACCAGUCCUGGUACAAGUCUUGAACACCAUGCAUGCUCCAAGUUCCAUUAUGAUGAAAUUCGGGAAGUUCAUCAAAGAAGAUACCUGUUACAGCCCAUUGCUUUAGAAAUCUUCUCUUCCGACGGCAGAAAUUAUUUACUUGCCUUACCAAGGAAACUACGCAACAAAACAUACCAGAGGCUUCUUAUGGUGUGCACAGGGUUAGCAGAUAAUGCUCAACAAUCAGUCGAGGGUCAGAGACGAUCAGCAAGUGUGGAACAAGCAGGAGGUCUCUUCUCCUCUAUCAUUGGGGAAACAUCUGUUACACACAGAUGGGUGCGUGGAGAAAUUAGCAACUUUCAGUACUUGAUGCACUUAAACACAUUAGCUGGGCGUUCAUACAAUGAUCUGAUGCAAUACCCCAUCUUCCCAUGGGUGUUAGCAGAUUAUACUUCUGAAGAAUUGAAUUUAACAAAUCCUGAUACAUUUAGAGACCUCUCAAAACCUAUGGGAGCUCAGACUCCAGAGAGAUUAGAGCAGUUUGCAAAACGAUACCGAGAGUGGGACGACCCAUCAGGAGAGACUCCACCCUACCACUAUGGUACACAUUACUCCUCUGCGAUGAUUGUUUCGUCCUACCUUGUUCGCAUGGAACCUUUCACACAACACUUCCUCAGAUUACAAGGUGGCCAUUUUGACUUAGCUGACAGAAUGUUCCACAGUAUGAAGGAAGCUUGGCACUCUGCAUCACGCAACAAUAUGGCAGAUGUUAAAGAACUUAUACCAGAGUUUUUCUAUUUGCCAGAAUUUCUUCUUAACUCUAACAAAUUUGAUCUAGGCUGUAAACAAAGUGGGAAACAGUUGGACGAUGUUGUUCUGCCUCCUUGGGCCAAAGGUGAUGCUCGAGAAUUUAUCCGGCUUCAUCGUGCAGCCUUGGAAUGUGACUAUGUUUCUACCCAUCUUCAUGAGUGGAUAGAUUUAAUAUUUGGAUAUAAGCAGCUUGGACAACCAGCAGUAGAGGCUGUUAAUGUCUUCCAUCAUCUUUUUUAUGAGGGGAAUGUAGAUAUUUACAACAUUGAUGACCCUCUGAAGAAGAAUGCAACAAUUGGGUUCAUCAACAACUUUGGUCAGAUACCCAAACAGCUGUUCCGGAAACCUCACCCUUGCAAGAAACUGUCUGGUCAGCGUACAUCCAUCAUAGAUGCAGGACCCCUCUCUCAGGCUCCCACAGUAACACCACUAGAAAAGGUUUUCUUCCAUAACCUUGAUAACUUGAGACCCUCAAUGCAAGCAGUUAAAGAAGUGAAAGGUGCUGUUGGUCAAAUAAUAGCUCAAGACAAGGUAAUCCUGGCAGUGGAACAGAACAAGACUUUAGUUCCUCACACCUAUCAGCGUUAUCUGGCCUGGGGUUUUGCUGACCAGAGUCUCCGUAUUGGAGGUUACGAGAGUGAGCGUGCUGUCUUAGUGAGUGAGACACCUCAGAAUGGUGAAAUACUUGCUGCUGUAUGUCCAAAUAACAAAACUAUAAUCACUGCAGGAACAUCCACGGUUGUUAAUGUAUAUGAAAUAAUCAAGCGUCAGCUGGUACAAAAGAAGUUACUCUAUGGCCAUAGUGAUGCCAUUACAUGUUUAGCAGCUAGCAGUGCUUAUGGGCUUCUUGUCUCUGGCUCAAGAGAUCGCUCAGCAAUAAUAUGGGACCUAGCGAGGCUUGCAUAUGUCCGUCAACUUGUUCCUCAUCAAGCACCAGUGGCUGCACUGGCAAUCAAUGAGCAAACCGGUGACAUAGCAACUUGUGCUGGAACCUGGCUGCAUGUGUGGAGUAUCAAUGGGACCCGUGUAGCUUCUGUUAACACAGCAUUGGGUGCCCACUCUCCCUUACAACAAAUCCUGUGUGUGUCAUUCUCAACCAUGUAUGAGUGGGAUGCCAACAACGUUAUUAUGACAGGUUCCUCAGAUGGGGUUGUAAGAAUGUGGAGUGUUGAGUAUGUUCAAGUACCAGCAGAUGAAUCAGCGGUUAACAACAAUACCAUCUCUGAACCAGAUAAUGAUCAGCUCACUGACAUGAAGAAUGAUGAUAUUCAAGGGAUUGCUUAUACUAUCAACAACAGUAAGGUCUCCAAAUCCCCUAAAUCUCCUAAUGGAAGAUCACCAUCCCAGUCAUUGCAUCCUGGUUGCUCUGCACGUGCUCAUGAAGUAGUUCGUCGUUUGUCUACAGUGGAAGACUUUCCUCCUGCACUAUUGACAAAAAGUGUUAGCGAGAGCAGCUUGUCUGAAGAAGGAGAGAGUGAUAUCGAAGAGAAUGAUAAAGGGCAGACUGCAGAAGAAGUGGGUGUUGUGGACUUAGAAUCCUACACUGUUGUAUCUUGUGAACAAAACAAACUAACAGCCAGUCAGGAAGAAAUGGUGACAGAACUUGGACUUGACCAAGAUCUGAGUCCGGAUAAAAGCAGCAAAGAGAAGCGCCCUCUUCACCGUCAAGUUGCUAUGUCCAUCUCCACCUCCAGCUCACCUAGUAUAGAAGCCUCCCAGUCACAUUCCCUUGAAGCGCAUGAUGAUAUCGUCCUCAGGAGGAGUUCCAACUAUCCUCAAGGUGUUGCAAGAGCAAUCAGCACCAUUGAGAGAGGAGGGUCACAUGAUGCACAACGAGGACAUGAUCACAGACUGCAGACCAGUAAGAGUGAGACAAAUUUGGUAGACAGUGAUACAUUUGUUCUCAUCUCAGACUCUGAGGUAAGGGAAGCCCAGAGUCAUCAAAGUGUCAUCACUGACAUUAAGAAAAAACUACCAAGGAAUCCUCUCAUGCCUGGGAUGAAGUGGGCAUGUCAGCUGGUGUUUCGCAGUAAGUUGACAAUGCACACUGCAUACGAUCGAAGAGAUAAUACUGAACCAGCAUCUGUCACUGCCUUAGCUGUAUCCAAAGAUCAUCGAACAGUAUUAGUUGGAGAUGCCAGAGGCCGAGUAUUUUCUUGGAGUGUACCUGACCAGCCAGGACGGGCAGUUGCAGACCACUGGGUGCGAGAUGAUGGAAGUGACGCUUGUGCCAAUUGUCAGGUUAAAUUUAGCAUCUAUGAGAGGCGUCACCAUUGUCGCAACUGUGGUCACCUCUUUUGUUCAAGAUGCAGUAAAUUUGAAUCAGAAAUCUUCCGUCUUCGCAUCCUGAAGCCUGUGAGAGUGUGCCAGAAAUGCUACACAACAUUGAGACAUGACAAAUGAAUCCAUAAAACUUUGAGUUAAAUUUUAAUUUAGACAGUAUUUGCAGUGUAAUAGCCUUUCAUUGCAAAUUGUUUUUUUACUGAUGUAAUUCAACUGGUUUUUCUUAGUACUAUGGAGGCUACCUAUAAUUAAAGCCAUUGAUUUCUUUUACCAACUUGAUCAUUGGUUAUUAGAAGUAAAUUUGUUAAUAUAGGUUGGCAAAUAGUUCUUUGAAUUACAGUUGAAUGAAAUAAUAUUUAUGAUUUUAUAAAUAUUUGUUAACUACUGUGUUUCGUAAUGACCUGUCUGCAGGAUUCAUCUUUACAAUUGCAUUUCAGUCCUGUGUUCAUUUAAAAUAUGGAGAAAACAAAUGAGAUGUGUUAAUUAUUAAUAAAACUCAGGGGCUUCAUCUUGAAUGUGAACACAAGUCUGGGAUUGUUGUGACUGGAGAAUAUCACAAUGUCUCAUCACAGUUGUGUUAGGCAGAAGGUGGAGGCAGCUUUAAACAUUUCUUGCAUUCUAGGAAUGAUUUUUAAAAGAAGUUUUCCCAGAAGAUAAAUUUGUGAAUAGUUACAUACACAUAGACACACACGCAUGCAUGCAUCCAUGUAUAAAUAUACACAUAAUAAUUCUGCAGUGGUUCUGUGGAAAAAUAUCUGUACUGUAUAGUGACAUAUCUCAUACAAAAGAAUGAAAGUACUGAUGAGCAUUAACCUCAUCAUCAUCAGAAGAAGAAAAUGUGUGUAUCAUUAAUAUUACCAUUGUCAAGUUGAAUAUCAAGCAAGGUUUUAUGACACCAAAGUGAGUCUUAUCACACUGGAAUUGGCUUAGAUAUGCUAAUACAGUAAUGGUGAUCAUAUUUUUAUUUUACUCACUUUAUUAAUAAUUCUUAAUACAUUACUGAAUAGUAAGUAUAACUCAUUAAUCUUGUAAAUAGAUACCAGUUAUUUUAUCCUACACAUUUUAAUAAUUUUUGCUGGAGAAAUAAUAAACGAGAGAUUUAUAAAUCAAUUAAUAAAAUAC